AUGCUCGAGGAGGCCCUGCAGUUGGCGCUCAAGGCGCAAGAGAAGGUGGAGAAGCGCCUCUUAGAGCUCAAAGAGAAGACUGAAGCUCUGCAGACGCAGAAUGACUACCUGGGCACGCGCAUCGAUGGGAACGAGGAAGACAAGGGCGCCUUGAGGUACGACUUGAGAAGGACUGAAGAUGAGCUCCGACAGGCCACCGCCGUCAAUGGCCAGCUCUUGCAGAAGCGUGUGGAAGUGGAGGAUCGCUACAACGAAGUGGAAGCCGAGAAGGUGGCGGUGAAAGCAGAGCUGGACUACAUCAAGCGGGAGGACAUGCUGGAUGAGACCGGCCGCACGAAGCCCAUCCUCAUCGAGUCUGAGUCGAAGCUCAUCGAACGGCUCCAGAUCAAUGAGUUCCUUUACAGCUCCCAGCAGGCACGAAAUCCGGUGCCGAUGCUGGUGGAGAAGAUCAGUCAUUUGCUGGAGAUGCUGCAUACGACGCAAGUGCAGUCGGACAUGUAUCUCCAGGACUUGCAACGCUCCAACUCCAUGCUCCAGGGCUUGCGGGAGAAGAACCGGAACCUCUACGAGAAGGUCCAGAUGUGCGAGACCUGGAAGAUGCGGGCGUUGUUGAAGAUCGCCUCCAACGAGUUUGAAGUGAGGCGCGCGCAGCAGCUCAGAUGCCGUUGGGGUUGGCAUCUACGAUGCAUGGAGCCUCCAUUGGGAUAG